AAUGCAUGGAUUGGGUUGGUGCAUAAGUAGUAUUGAUUAGGGCACAGAUCUUGAAUUUCAGACUCCGAUUUUCGAGUCUGGAGGUUGAAACUCUGAUUCGAGGAGGUAUAGGAUGGCAGGAAGAGAGGUACGCGAAUACACCAAUCUCACCGACCCCAAAGAUAAGAAAUGGGGUAAAGGGAAGGAGAAGAUAGAUGACGAAGAUAUCACUUUCCAGCGCAUGGUUGCAAAGAUGCAAGAGGUUGCAGGAGAGCGUGGAGGCUACCUGCAUGGGCGUGGCGCCUUGGACAGUGAUGAUCUACUCUAUCUAAAGGAGCAGAUGGAAGCAGAGGAGGAUGCAGAACGCCUCCUUCGUCAUACUGAGAAACGGGCAUUUGCUGCGUUUAAGAAAGCAGCGAGUUUAGCAGAUUCUUCACCUGCAUCAGUCCCCUUGCCACUUCGAGUUGAGCCCAAACCAAAGAGUGGAAUCAGACAGCAGGAUCUAUUGAAAAAGGUGGUGGAAAUUAAACCCAAACGGCUUAGAACUUCUAGCACCUCUGAUGGUAAUCAAUUUUCUCCAGCUUCAAGUGAUUAUGGUCCCAAGAAUCUCUUGCCCGAUUCUCACCAGAAGGGGAAAAGGCAGCCUGAGGCUGACCAUGGGGAGAAAGAUUGUUCUUCAACAAGAUUGAAUAAAGCAGAGGGAGGUGACAAUGUUGAAAAUCCUGUUAGGAGUUUACUAGGCUUAGCAUAUGCAAGUUCUGAUGAUGAAGACUGAUUUGUGAAUCCAUAUCUGUUGGCGCUACGCUAUAUCCGUUCAAUGAUAAGUACAAUCGUUUUCUUUCUCA